AUGGUGGAAACUACAGCUUCUCCCCUUAAUUUCUCGGAUAAGAAAAGACUAAGUUAUUUCUUAUCUGUCUAUGUAUGUCAUUUCCUUAUUUAUAACUAUGUCACUGCCUACCCGAGGCAUUUUCUAUCUAUCUUAUUUCAUAUCUUGCUAUCUCUACCUAAUUUACCUCAUUGCUUAUCUAACACAUUUAUUAUCUAUGUCUAUCUAACACAUUGCUUAUUAUCGAUCUAUUAUCUAUCUCAUUGCUUAUCUCUCUCAUUUCUUAUCUAUUAUUUCAUUGCUCAUCCCACAUCUCUAAUUUCUUAUCCAUUAUCUAUUCCUUAUAUAAUUGCUUAUAUCUCAUUCAUCUAUUAUCUAUCUCAUUGCUUAUCUCUCCUUUUUCUUAUCUAUUCCCUAUAUCAUUGCGUAUAUCUCAUUUAUCUAUUGUCUAUCGCAUUUCUUAUCUCUCUCAUUGCUACCCAGUCUACCUCCUUCUCUUUCUGUAUCCUUUGUGUUUCUAAUCAUUAUUCUCUCGAUAUCCAACCUGCCCAGUCUCUUUUCACUAUAUCCAUCUCUCUUUUCUCUUUUCUCUAUUAUCUGUAUCCUUUUAUUUCUCAUCACUUACCUCUCAAACAAUUUGUCUUCAUUCCUCUAUCCAACCAAUCACUUCUCUUCUCUCUAUAUACUCUUUCCUUCCUGCUUAUUUUUUUUUGUAUUCUUUUGGUUCCAAAUCAUUUCUCUCUCAAUAUACAUCCUACCCCGUCUCUUUUCUAUAUCCUUCUCUCUUUCGGAUUUCCUCUCUUUGUAUCCUUGUUCUUUCUCAUCGUUUCUUUCUCAAUAUCCAACAAACCUCAUUUCUUUCCUCUAUAUCCUCCUGUCUUUCUGUUUACCUUUCUAUUUGUAUCUAUUUUGUUCCUCAUAAUUUCUCUCUCAAUAUCAAACCUACCCCGUCUCUUCUCUCUAUAUCCGCACCCACCUUUCUUUUUGGAUUCUCUUUGCUUCUCAUUUCUCUCUAUAUAUCCAAACUUCCCUGUGUCUUCUUUAUUUCGUUCACUCUCUGCUUAUCCUCUUUCUCACUUUAUACCCUUCUUCCUGUUUCUCAUCUUUUUACUCUCUCUCUCUCUUUCCCCUAACGUAAUCACGAUGUAUUUUCUCUCCCUUCUCCUCAUCAAUUUCGUGUCAAAAUAUAACAAAACGGAUGUAGUGGUUGUCCAGCAGAAUGAUACAGUAAGUGGCCGGUUUGUAAAAGAUAACAUUUUUUUUUUCUUUUUGGUUUAA